UCACUCUGGAAUCAAAUUCUACAAGCAUGAGGACUGUGAAGAGAAGCCAUGUGAAUUUAAACAGUACAGGCAAUCUCUGGUUUCUCUUGAAAGUGUUCAGAGACAAAUGUUAAUACAAUCUGCAGAUGAACCUCAUGAAAGUACACUAUGUGAGAAAGUCAUCAGUUGUCCCAGUGACAUUCAAAGACAUGAAAAAACUCAUGGAUGGCAACCCCAUGAAGGUCAAAAAUGUUGUGAAGCCUUUUCUUCUCUCCCGGGUGUUCCAAGACACAUGAGAACACACAGUGGAGGCAAAUCUUUUCAAUGUGAGGUAUGUGGGAAAGCCUUUCCUUUCCUAUCUUUUUUGAGGAGACAUGAAGAGACUCAUUCUAGAAAGAAAUUCUAUGAAUAUAAACAAGGUGAUCAAAGCUUCAUUACACUCACAAGUCUUCCAACUCACACGAUAAGGCACCGUGGGAAUACACGUUUUAAAUGCAAGCUAUGUGGGAAACAAUUUGCUCAUCCCUGUUUAUUCAGAAUACACCAGAGAACACAUACUGGAGAGAAACCCUAUGAAGGUAAACGAUGUGGAAAAGCCUUUGCUAGAUCCCAUCAGCUUCAUAAACAUGGAAAAACUCACACUGGAAAGAGGCCCUAUGCAUGUAAGCAGUGUGGCAAGUCCUUCACUCAGUCCUCUUAUCUUCUAAACCAUGAAAGAACACAUAAUGGAGAUAACCCGUAUGAAUGUAAGCAGUGUGGAAAAGCCUUUGGUAGAUCCGGGGAUCUUUACAGACACGGAAGAAUUCACACUGGAGAGAAGCCCUUUGAAUGUAAUCAGUGUGGCAAAGCCUUCACUCAGUCCUCUCAUCUUCUAAACCAUAAAAGAACGCAUACUGGAGAGAAGCCCUAUGAAUGCAAACAAUGUGGAAAAGCCUUUGCUAGAUCCUGUCAAUUUCAAGUACAUGUAAGAACUCAUACAAGAGAGAAUCUCCAUGAAUGUAAGCAGUGUGGCAAAGCCUUCACUCAGUUCUCUGACCUUCAGAAACAUAGGAGAACGCAUACUGGAGAGAAGCCUUUUGAAUGUAAGCAGUGUGGCAAAGCCUUUGCUACAUCCAGUGAUCUUUACAGACACGGAAAAACUCACACUGAAGAGAAGCCCUAUGCAUGUAAUCAGUGUGGCAAAGCCUACACUAAGUCCUCUAGUCUUCUAAACCAUAAAAGAACACAUACUGGAGAGAAGACCUAUGAAUGCAAACAAUGUGGAAAAGCCUUUGCUAGAUCCUGUAAAUUUCACGUACAUGUAAAAAUUCAUACAAGAGAGAAGCUCCAUGAAUGUAAGCAGUGUGGCAAAGCCUUCACUCGGUCCUCUUACCUUCAAAAUCAUUUAAGAACACAUACUGGAGAGAGGCCCUAUGAAUGUGAGCAGUGUGGGAAAGCCUUCACUCAGUCCUCUCACCUUCAAACACAUAAAAGAACUCAUACUGGAGAGAGGCCAUAUGAAUGUAAACAAUGUGGCAAAGCCUUCACUCGGUCCUCUUACCUUCAAAAUCAUUUAAGAACACAUAGUGGAGAGAAGCCCUAUGAAUGUCAACAAUGUGGGAAAGCCUUUGCUACAUCCUCUAACCUUCACCAACAUGAAAAAUUGCAUACUGUAGAGAAGCCCUAUGAAUAUCAAAAAUGUGAAAAGGCCUUUGCUACAUCACCUCAUCUUUACACACAUUGAAGAACACAUACUGUAGAGAGGUUUGCUCAUGAAAACAAUUGGCAAAGUCUACUGUUACUACUGUUUCCCUCAUAAAUAUGUAGUAAAUUUACUGGAGAAAAAUCCUUUGAAUGUGAAAUGUGGAUAAAUCAGUAUUUCUUGCCACCUUCAAAGACAAGAAAAG